AUGAGCUUUAAAAAAAAAACCCCAUUAAUCCCCCCAUUUAAAGCAAAAAAAAACGAAUUAAAUGAAAAAAGAUCAAAUUUUCUUAAAACAUCUUUUAUAAAUAAAGAAAAGGAAGAAGAAAUUUCAGAAGAUAAUGAAGAUCAAGAAAUAUUAUCAGAAAAAGAUUUAUCAGGUGGAGAGUCUUCGAAAGAAAUUUUAUUAUCUGAAAUAGAAUCUCUUGAAGAUUUAGAUGCACCAAUUUACCAAAAACUCACAAUAAAUAAUAAGGAAGCAUUGAAUGCAGCACUUUCAUCAAUUGAGAUACCAAAAACACGAUUUACCGAUCAUCAGAUAGUGACCUCAAAAAAACCUAUAGAGAUCAAAGAUAUUCACGAUGAUUUUGCAAGGGAAUUGGCAUUUUAUAAACAAGGAAUUGAAGCAGCUACUUGGGGACGUCAUGCCAUUCUUAGUGAAGGAGCACCUUUUUCUCGUCCUUUAGAUUAUUUUGCGGAAAUGUUGAAAUCAGAUGAACACAUGCAAAAGAUUAAAGAUAAACUGGUUCAAAAAGAAACUGAAAAAAAAGCAAUAGAAUCAUCCAAGAAACAACGUGAGUUAAAAAAAAUAGGGAAAAUGGUUCAAAUAGCUAAAAUUCAAAAACGCCAACAAGAGAAAAAAGAGGCACUGGAUAAAAUAAAAAAUCUAAAAAGAAAAAAAAGAGGAAACGAAGAACUUACAAUAGAUGACGAUUUUGAUGUUGCAUUAGAAAAGGCAAAUACUUCUCAAAAACAAAAGACGGCUAAACGGCAAAAAAAAGAUGAAAAAUAUGGUUAUGGGGGUAAAAAAAAAUAUAAAAAGUCAAAUGAUGCAAAAAGUACAAAUGACAUGUUUGAAUUUUCUGUUGAAAAAAUGAAACAACCGUUUAAAGACAAAUUACCAAAAAAGAAAGCUAAAAGAAGGCUAUGA